UCUGUUAUGGCUCACAUUGUUACUUCUUCAUCAAGGCUAUGCAUCAGUUCCAGUGGUCACAGCUGAAGUUGGUCAAUCUGUGACUUUGAUAUGUGAGUUUAGUAUGAAAUAUCAGAGCAACACAUGGAUUUACUGGUAUAAGCAAAGUGCUGGGGAUACUCUGAAUUUAAUCGUAAUGCAGCAGCGAACAACAACCUCAACCUAUGGAUCACAAUUCGAUGCUUCAAGAUUCAAUGUAGCAAACACCGGGGACAGCAGCAUUCUUAAAAUUUUCAAAACAGUUCAACAAGAUGAGGGAAUGUAUCACUGUGCUCAAAGGGAUACACUUGAAUCUACAUGGAAUGGGACUUAUUUAUCAAUUAAAGGAUAUAAGAGGACAUCAAACUACACUGUUGUUCAACAGCCAACAACCUCUGGUUCCACCCGUCCAACAGGCUCAGAGACUCUGCAGUGUUCGGUCCUCUCUGACUCUGAGAACACAACCUGUUCAGGAGAACCCAGUGUGUUCUGGUUCAGAGCCAAAUCAGAAAAGUCUUUUCCUGACAUGAUUUACAUUGAUGGAAAAAGAUCAGAAAACUGUGACAAAACAUCUGACUCUCAAAAGAAAUGUUUUUAUAACUUGUCUAAGAAUAUCAGCUCCUCUGAUGCCAAGACCCUCUCCUGUGCUGUGACCACAUGUGGACAGAUAUUAUUUGCAAAUGAACUGAACCUUAAAAAUGGUAAAACAGAGGAAAACAACAUGCUGAUGGUCACAAUAGUCACAAUAAUCUGUUUGGUGAUUUCUGUAAUUUGUAAUAUUGUCUUCAUUUUCUUUCGAAUACAAAGAUCAGCAUGUCAACGAGUUAAAGAAAGCUCUUCCUCACCAAAAAGAAACAACUUUAGCCAAAUGGAAAAUGAUACUGAAGCUGGACCUGAUCUGAACUACGCUGCGUUACAUUUAUCUGAUGGCAAAAGAUCAAGAGGGAAGAAAAAGAGAGAGUUGAUGACUGAAGAAAGUGUGUAUUCACAGGUUAAAGGAUCAGCUUGAAAGUGACGUAUGCCAGCUUUCACUGAAAACCUCACUUCUGAGAUGAAAGAGCAUACUGUUGCUAACACACAAAAGUUGUGAAUUCAAAUAAAACUUUGAUAGAUGAGAGAUGUGAUGAAUUUUUUUUUUUUAAAUAAUUACAAGUUUGCCACCCUUACCAUAUUGUAUUGUUUUUUUUUGUUUAAAUAAACCUAUCAUACAUCUUUUAUGAAUGUGAAACGC